AUGGCCUCACAACCUUACACCCAAAAACCGGUCACCGACAUCUUCACAUCCACAGACACAGACAUCAACAGACGAGAAUGCCGAAGGACGGUGCCCAUGAGAGUACUCGCCCUGGGUCUAGGACGAACAGGCACAGCAUCAUUACGUACAGCACUCAAGGAACUGGGCUUCGAUGACUGCUACCACAUGAUGUCUGCUUCGGUAGAGAACCCACCAGACUGUCUCAUGUGGUCGGACGCACUAGCAGCCAAGUACGACGGGCAGGGAACUUUUGGACGGGAGCAAUGGGAUCAAUUGUUCGGCCACUGCCAAGCCAUCUGCGAUUGGCCUUGUGUGGCAUUCGCGAAAGAGUUGAUUGAGGCAUACCCAGAAGCUAAGGUGCUUGUAACGACGAGGGAUGUGGAUAGUUGGCAUGCGAGUACGAUGAAGACUGUACAUUGGAGGGCAACAGAGCCUGAGCUUCAGCUUGUGGCCAAAUUCGACUGGGCAGCGAGCAUGUACCAGCCUAUGCUAUCUAAGUUCUGGACCUCCUUCUGGGAAGGCGACUUCGAGAAGAACGGCAAGCGGCGAUUCAAGGAGUACUACGAGGAAAUUCGUUCGCUAGUGCCUGCAGAAAACCUACUUGAGUACAAGAUGGGCGAAGGCUGGAAACCACUCUGCGAGUUCCUAGACGUCCCGGUACCAGAAGGCAAGAAGUUCCCACGCACAAACGACACAGAUGGCUUCGUGGACCGGUGCCGGAGAAGAAACAGAAUGCAGAUGCUUAACGUUCUUUUCCGCGCUACUGUUGUGAGCGGUAGCUUCGCUGCAAUUGUGUACGGCGCGACGUUGAGCUUCAGGAGAUUCUUUGGGUCGCGAUCACGGGCAUGA